CUGCUGCAGCAGUAUAGGUAGCUCCAGCGAUGACGCUAUGAAGCUCAGUCGGUCAGAGCUCUGAUUGGCGGAGAGAUUUGUGAGGGUCCCCACCCCCACCCCCAAGACCAGAGAAUAAGAGACCCGGACUCUGGGGACAAGGCAUCUACGGCCGGCCGUGUGUGCUCUUCUCCAGUGGACACUUGGCUUUCGCUGUGCCAACUCGGGAUACCAGAGACAUCAUGGGAUUCUUGAAGUUCUUUCCAUUUCUGGCUCUCAGUGUAUGGAUCCUGUGCCUGACCAGCAGCCUCCAGGCAGCACCUUUCAGGUCAGCCUUGAAGAGCGGCCUACCCUCAGAUGAGGCUACCCUCAGCGAACAGGAAAAGAGCCUCCUGCUGGGUGCAUUGGUGCAGAGCUACUAUGAGCUGAUGAAGGCCAGCAAGCUGGAGCAGCAGGAGCAGCAGGAGCAGCAGGAGCAGGAGGUUAAGGGUUCCAGCUAUGGCAGCAAGCAGCUUGCUGAGGAUCAGAUAAUCAGUUCUGAGAAGAUGCUGAAAAUGAUGCUUUCAGUUUUACCAAGCAUCCCUGGCCAGAAGAGAGCCUGCAAGACUGCCACCUGUGUGACUCAUCGGCUAGCGGGCAUCCUGAGCAGGUCAGGGGGUAUGCUGAAGAACAACUUCGUGCCCACCAAUGUGGGCUCCAAAACCUAUGGCCGGCGCCGCAGGGACCUUCAGGCCUGAGUAGCUAAUGGCCCUGAGAAGAAGGUUACGUGAAGCUGAAUUCACCACUAAAUUUUUGUUAACAAUGACCUGGUAAGAAGGCUCCAUGGACAACGUGUAUGUUUGCAUCCUUGAUAGAUACUGGAGAAAAUCACUGUUGUCACCUGAGAGGAAUGAAACUAAGUAUACAUUAGUUAA